UUCAGGCGCAUCGUAGCGGUCUGGCUGCCAGAGGUGCAUGCGUCGCAUUUAGCAGCUUUGGACGCUGUAGAAAAGACAAGACGACGCCGCGGGAACGUCUCCUAAACGAAUUUAAGGCCGGAUAGCGGAUCAGUAGACGAACUGCUGUGACCCAGAAAAACCGCGCAGAAAUGGACGAAAAGGUGUUUACGAAGGAGCUCGAUCAGUGGAUCGAGCAGCUGAACGAGUGUAAGCAGCUGUCGGAGGGACAGGUUAAAACACUUUGUGAAAAGGCAAAAGAAAUUCUGACCAAGGAGUCAAACGUCCAGGAGGUAAGAUGUCCGGUGACGGUGUGUGGCGACGUGCACGGACAGUUCCACGACCUCAUGGAGCUGUUCAAGAUCGGAGGCAAAUCUCCAGACACAAACUAUUUGUUCAUGGGAGAUUACGUGGACAGAGGGUACUAUUCUGUAGAAACCGUCACUUUACUGGUAGCACUUAAGGUUCGCUUCCGGGAGCGCAUCACAAUCCUCAGAGGGAACCACGAGAGCAGACAGAUCACACAAGUGUACGGCUUCUAUGACGAGUGCCUACGGAAAUACGGGAACGCCAACGUUUGGAAGUAUUUCACAGACCUGUUCGAUUACCUCCCUCUCACCGCCUUGGUAGACUCUCAGAUUUUCUGCCUUCAUGGAGGACUGUCACCAUCCAUAGACACAUUGGAUCACAUCAGAGCACUGGACCGUUUACAGGAAGUGCCACACGAGGGUCCCAUGUGUGACCUGCUGUGGUCGGACCCUGAUGACCGCGGCGGCUGGGGCAUCUCUCCUCGAGGAGCUGGCUACACCUUUGGGCAGGAUAUCUCUGAGACUUUCAAUCACGCCAACCGCCUCACGCUGGUGUCACGUGCCCAUCAGCUGGUUAUGGAGGGUUACAACUGGUGCCACGAGAGAAACGUGGUGACAAUAUUUAGUGCUCCCAACUACUGCUACCGCUGUGGAAACCAGGCAGCGAUCAUGGAGCUAGACGACACCCUCAAAUACUCGUUCUUGCAGUUUGAUCCUGCACCUCGUAGAGGCGAGCCUCAUGUCACUCGUCGCACCCCAGACUACUUCCUGUAAACUCUAACCUUUUAACCCUUGUACAGUCAAGUCCAGUAUUGCCAUGAUAUGACCUUCAACUGAUAGUGACAAAAAGUGGAGGGCGUGAGACCGGGGGGGCUACACAACAGUGCACAUUGAUUAUCUACACAAAGACCUAUUUAAGCAUUUAGCAAAAUCGAUGUCUGAGUGUCUAUGGAUGGACCAAAGGGUGUGUGCCAUAAUCAUCAAAAUAUUCACUGCAGAGGACUUGUACUAAUAAGAGUAAUGUUCUAAUUUCUCAUUCUGUAGCUGGACUUGUGGCACCAAAGUCCACGACAAAGAUUUGAUGCUUCAAAUGCGGCUGUUUAAACCCCACAGGCCAUGGCUUCUUAUAUUUAGGAGACCGAAAAUAUGAUCUGUUUGCACUUUUGUACAUCUAAAGAAAUGUAUCAUAUGUCAAAAGAUGAAAAUGAUUUCACACUACAGAUGUUUUUUUUCCUUUUUUAAAAAAUGAAUAAAGCCCAGGUAAGGCAAGUUUUAAACAAGGUUUCUUUAUCCCAUGCACCUUUUUAGAGACAACCCCUUCUUACGCAGUCCACCCAGCUUGGUGUAUAUGAUUGACAGAUGAUGGAGCAUUUAUCCACAUCAACUCACUGACUCCCUCUGAUAUACAGAGUCUGUAUUAACCAAGCCAUUUGAUUAAUAAAGACAAAGGCUCGA